CAUAACAUUAUCUCUGGGUGUUCUUUUAUGAAGCCUUGGAGAGGCCCUGAACCCUUGACAGUCCUGAACACUGAUCAUUUGCUCCCUUCAACAUUACCUUCCAUAAAAGUAACUGCGCAGCUCUAAGUAAGAAGCAGGGGAGGGAGAGAGAGCCAGCCGGGGACUGAAGAGAGAACACAGACAGCACCGCAUCCCUUGGACGGACUCUGUCUUCCAUCUGUAGAGAACCACACCCGAGCUGUACUUUGCCUGUGGUUCCGUUUCUGAACACUUCUUUUCCAUUCAGCCGGCCGGGAGAGACAAAGCCCGGUGCCCUGAGCGCCAGAGCUCUGGUCGGGGGCUGGCUGGCUGUAAAUUGACGUGGCAUGGAAAUUCUCCGCUAAGUUGCAGCAGUUUGUGAGCUCCUCGGAGAUCCAGCCCAGCGUCCCGGAGCCGGAGCUGAACCAGGGGCUCCGUGACCUCCCAGAAGAAUGGAUAAAGUCCCCCGCUCCUCGCCCGGGACCCGCCGCCACCGUUUGCUUUCUGGCUAUCUCUCACUUCGCUGAAAAUCAAACUAAAACGGUGAAGUCUCUAACUUGGUUUUCCGCAGCUUGAACAGGAGAAUUGGCCGCUCCGGUGCCCCUUGCUCGUCCCCCGCAAUCUAACUCCUUGCAGACUUUGCCAUGGGGUGCGGACUUAGGAAGCUGGAAGACCCUGAUGAUAGCAGCCCUGGAAAAAUAUUUUCUACCCUCAAGAGACCGCAAGUGGAAACAAAGACAGAAUUGGCUUAUGAGUAUGCGCUGCUGGAUUUUACUUUACAAGCUUCAACAAACCCAGAAGUCAUCAAGAUAAAUUCAGUUCUGGAUAUAGUUGCCAAGGUGGAAGACUAUUAUCUUAAGGGCUAUGUCGUUGGGGCCAUUCAUCCGGUUAUACAGCCUGUGGGGCCCCGCAAACACCUCCCAGCAAGUCACCUGUACAGAGUGGUGUUGGCUCGCUUGAAAGUGAGCCCCAAGCACUCAGCAGCGCCCGGGGGACCAAGGCAUGCCAGGCUUGUGAUGGAGGAGUGUCCGCUCACCUACGAGACACCGGCGAACGACGCAGCGAAGGAACUCAUGGAAAAGGUCAAUGCCGCUGCUAAAAGAGGAAUGAGGUUUGUUGGGUUCGUGUCACAGUAUCACUUGCCGUCCAAACACUGCAACGGAACCAGCCACGACGGAGAUGCAGAAUCGGGGCUGCACAGGAGACACGGUUCUCAGGACAGCCACAAAAGCUGGAGUGAAGGAGACGUCAGUGGACAGUUGUCUGACGGCGGAACGGAGGAGGAACCUCAGCGCGAAAGUGGACGGAAGACAGAAGGAAACGGCAGCCCCAGCUACUCGAAACCAGAGCGGGGAGGAGAUCACAAGCUGUACAUGGUCUUCAAUGCUUUUGACGAGGAUUCAGCCUGCUGGACCUACCAGGAAGGUGUCCUGUCCAUGAAAGUGACAAGGAAAGGAGCUGUCAUCAACACCCUUGAGGCCAACUGGCUAGAAUUAACUACAUUUUAUUAUAAGCAAGGCUUGUCUUUAGUUGACUCUUUUGUAUGCUGGGAGACACCCAAAGGGGACCAUUUGCCUAAAUCUCUGGAAGGAUUUUUUAUCUAUGAAGAAGAAGGUUCUGGAGUUCCAGGUUCUAGCAGGAAAGGAAACGAUGCCAUUGUGGUGGAGCAGUGGACCGUCAUUGAGGGCUGCGAAAUCAAAACGGACUAUGGCCCUCUGCUGCACACUCUGGCUGAAUUCGGAUGGCUCCUGACCAGCGUGCUGCCCACACCGAUACUGAAACACGACAGUGAAGGGAAUUUGGCUACAAAGCAGGUCGUAUUUCUCCAAAGGCCAGUGGUGUGGAGUUCAGCUGCCCAGACCCCAGAAAGGAAAGCUAGCCGGCUGCUGAAGGGCGAGGACAGGAACAAGGUCGGCAGCAGCAGGAGCCUGGGCCCGGACACCAGCGCGUCCCAACCCGCAGAGGGCCGAGCCCCCCCUGAGGAGGGCCCCCUCUCCCCCUCCAGAGAGUGCUGGACCAAGGAGGAGCAGCCGCAGGCACAGAGCGACAGCUUCUUGGGGUUCAGCAGCGACAGCGUCCUCCGGGAACUGGAUGACGGACAGUUGGACCAGGAAGAGGGCGUGACGCAGGUCACCUGCAUGUGAGCUGCCAAGUGAAGCUGUGGGAGGCCUUGUAAAUAGUUAUUAAAAUGACUGCCCGCUGCCUUAUUUCACUACUACUACGCACUUACGUAACGUUUUUAACUCCCAGGCUCAGCCUUCCCCUAAUCUAGGUAAACUUUUGUCUCAAUCUCCCAGACAAGGAAGAAUAACCAAUUAUUUAUCAAUCUAAAACCAUGCUUACAUUUCUCUCAGCUGAAACAUCUGUGUAAAUAGAUGUCCCAACUGGUCAUUAAGCAACAACCUGGUUCCACUUCCUCUUGAAUGGACAAAUCAGUAUUUCUCAUCGUGCCUGUUAAAAAGACUGACUAUCCAAAUUAUUGUUUCAACCAAUUAGAGCCUUCUCAGAAAGCUACAGCCUCACCUAAACUAAAAAAUAUUCUCUCCCCCAUCUCUGUCCCUCUCUCGCAUACAGACUAUUCCCUGCCUAUAACCAUCAGUCUAACUAUUGUCUCUGACUGUGGUGUGUACCUACAAACCAAGCCCCUAUUUGUCAAAAUAGUCUUCAAAAUUUUUUUUCCUAUGUUUUUGUUUGUUUGUUUGUUGUUCUGGGUUUUGUUUUUAUUUUUGUUUUUUUGUCUUUUCGAGACAGAGUUUCUCUUUGUAUAGCUCUGGCUGUCCUGGAACUCACUCUGUAGACCAGGCUGGCCUCGAACUCACAGAGAUCCACCUGCCUCUGCCUCCUGAGUGCUGGGAUUAGAGGCGUGCGCCACCACUGUGGGGCUUGUUUUUUCUUUCAGGGCCACCACAUGGCCAGUCCGGCAAUGAAUUAUUAACUUGGGCAUCGCUGAUCCCAGUAGCCUAGUAACCAGUAACACUAAACAGAAGGAACGUCUUAAGACAGUUGAGAGCCGGCAAGAGAGCUCAGCCAGUAAAGGCACCUGGUGACCUGAGUUCAAUCUCUGGAACCCAUGUAAAGGUAGAAAGAAGCAGCUCUACAAAGUUGCCCUCGGGCCUCCGCAAGCAUGCCACAGCAGUUGGGCCUGCGUGCUCGUGCGCACCCACGCAUGUGAACACAAAUAAUGAAACUAAGUUUGUAAAAUGUCAGCUGAAAGAGAGCCUACAAUCUCAGUGUGUAAAAGCCAUAGUAGACGAAAGCAUUUCCAUUUAUGUCAAGCAUGUUGGCGCACACCUUUAAUCCCAGCCCUUGGUAGGCAGAGGCAGGCAGAUCUCUGUGAGUCCUAGGACAGCUACACAGUGAGACCCUGUCUCAAAAACAACAACAAAAUUUAACUUUCUUUAAAUGUAAAUACCAUUGAAGAGGACAAAUACCAACUUCAAAUGGAAGUGUGCCUUCUACAACUGUUAGGUCUAAAUUGUGUUUUUAUCUUGACAUGGUAAACCUGGAAAAUAUUGCAACCCAGAAUUCUCAGUUCUGCCGGAGCGGAGAGGGGUUCACAGCCCACCAGAUGUGUGUGGCACCGACCUACUCCAGGCCAGCCACCAGGAGGGUCUUUAUCUUGCA